GGGGGGCCCGCUGGCGGCUGCCGCCCGCCUGCGCCGCUAAGCCUCGACGCCCGUGGCUGCGCGUCUGAGGCCAGCGGCGGCGUUGGCGGCGCCAGUCCGUCGGAGGCCGGCGCGGCGCCCUGCUUUGGCAGCAGCGGAGGCGCGGGAGAGACGGGUGGCGAUGGCCACGCGUUUCCUGGCAGAGCGGCCACCCCUGGAGCCAUUGAGCGCGCUGGAGACCAUCGGGAUUCGCUCCAGCACGGAGGUGCAGCACCGAGAGGUCCUGGAGGGAUUCGUGGCUUACUGCUCGCUGAACCGCCUGGACUGGAAUGACUUCGUCCAGCUGGGCGCCGCGGUAACCCGCUUCCUGAAUCGCCAAUUCAUAGAGGGUGCGCCCUCGAGCCAAGGUUCGUUGCUGCUGGCUGCGCUCGCCCACUUUUUGCCGGGCCUCCAGGGCCCGUGGGAGGCCCAGCUACCGCGGGGCACCAGGAGUUCGACUGCGUGGCAGCGGAGGGUGCCAGCGAUGACGAGGGUGCCGUUGCCGUACUUCGCCGCAGCAGCAUUGGCGGGCAUGUUAGCCGUCAGCGGGCGCCGCCGCGUGGCGAUUUGGGCCCUGCCUACGUUCAGCUGCUACCUCGGGCCCUUCGAGGCGCAGGGGCUCCGGGGGGCGUUUCUGUUGCGCCCAGUGGGGCAGGCGGCGUCCUCCGCGGGGGGCUGGGCUCUCCUCUUGCGCCCCACCAGCGGGGGCCGCCCGGGCAAGACAGGGCUGUGCAACGAGAGCGCAGUGAUCGACCUCGACCAGCACCUGUGGCCGUUGCUUGCAGGCCCGCGAGGCGCAGCGGCCCUAGACCAGAGCCUUUGGGAUUUCACCCUUCCGGCGCUCAGGGAGCAGUUCAGCAGGUUCGCGAACGCGAUCGAGCUGCACGCCCUGGACCCAUCGCUGUACUCGCUGAGGCACGGCGGGGCGAGCUGGGAUCUGCAGGCAGGCCGCCGAUCGCUGGGGCAGACGCAGCGCCGCGGGCGCUGGGCGUCGCCGGGCAGCAUUGAGCGCUACGCCAAGGAGGCCUACCUGCAGGACGCCAUGACCCGAGUGCCCGACUGGGCGCUUGUCCUCGGCAGGAUCGUGCACGCCAACCUGCUCGAGAUUGUCGAGCUGGGGCCAGGCCUUCAGCAGUGCUCGCGCGUCCGGCAGCUGCUGCCCGAGGCCGCGCGGGCGCUGAUCGUGGCUGAGCUGCCGUAGCUUCGGCAGCUCAGAUUCAGCGCCAUCUCAGAGGCCUCCUCGCCCAACAGUUGAAGGAAGCUCGCCUGGAGAGUUGUGGCACGUUUUUUUGAGUUUUUUGCAGGGGCUGGGAAAGUCGCCAAGGCUCUCAGGGCCUCUGGCUGCGCUGCCCUCUCUUUAGACAUCUUGCAGGGUCCCAUGGACGACCACCUCGGUCGCGCGCUUGAAAGGCUUACUUCGGGAUGGCUCAAGAGUGGCCUCGUCCUGGGGGUGUUUUUGGGCACUCCGUGCACGUCUUGGACCUGGGCUCUCAGACGGCCCCUGCGAGACCUCGAGGCGCCCAUGGGAAAGGCCGAUUUACAUGCUAGCGAGCAAUCUCGUGUGAAGAUCGGAAACGCUACCUUCCACUUCUCCUGUAGGAUUGUCUCGCUGUGCCGUUCUUUAGGUGUCCCAGUGCUGCUCGAUAGUCCGCAGGCUUCAAUCCAGUGGGCGGCACCUCGUCUUGUAAAGCUUGCCGCGGGCGCCGAUGCUGUUUUUUGCACCUGCCAUCUCUGUCAGCACGGCACCCGCUGGCGCGGGGCCACGCGAAUCCAAGGUUGGAAUAUCUCGUCCCUGCAGGUUUUGAUUUGCAUGCGCCCAGGGAAAGGUGGAGUCUGCUCGCGCACGACACCCCACCAUGUACAGUUGUCAGGAGCGGCGCCCGGCGCCCGCAAAUGGACCAGCUUUGCCGCGGAGCACCCACCUCGGUUCGCUGCCGCCGCCGCUGUCCUCUCCCAUUCUGCCGAACAGAUGCGCGGUCUAAAGUUAGCCGAGAUGAUGAUGUGUGUGUGUGUGUGCGUAACUUUUCUCGCCACAGUUGAUCAAUGUUUGAAGCCCUUGGGGGCUCCGGCCUGCGGCCGGGCUACCCGUUUGGGAAGUGGGUACUGUGUUGAUGUCUCGUUUCCGCUCGAGUCUCGAGCGAGGGAGCCUCGGUCACAAAGGGUUGUGCCUCUCGAGCGUGCACACGUCAAAAAAAGGGAUGAUCCAUCAGCUUCGCUGCUUGGCCGCUGAUGGAGUGCAUGUACUGUCUG